UAGGAGUCUGGAACAAUGGGUGACUGGAGCUUUCUGGGGAGACUAUUAGAGAAUGCACAGGAGCACUCCACGGUCAUUGGCAAAGUUUGGCUGACCGUACUGUUUAUCUUCAGAAUCCUGGUGCUGGGAGCUGCUGCUGAGGAGGUCUGGGGAGACGAGCAGUCGGACUUUACCUGCAACACUCAGCAACCUGGUUGCGAAAAUGUCUGCUAUGACAAAGCCUUCCCUAUCUCCCAUAUCCGCUUCUGGGUGCUGCAGAUCAUCUUUGUGUCCACUCCAACUCUUAUCUACUUGGGCCAUGUGCUCCACAUUGUGCGUAUGGAGGAGAAGAAGAAACAGAAAGAGGAAGAGCUGAAAAGGAAGGGGAGCUGCAAAGACAUCAUCCAGUUGGGGACAGCAGCUGGAGGCAACAACAACUGUGUCAGCAAAAAGGAGCCACCUCCCAAGAAGAAAGAGAAGCUACCGAUCCGUGAUGAGCGUGGUAAGAUCCGCAUUGGGGGUGCCCUGCUCCGCACCUAUGUCUUCAACAUAAUUUUCAAAACUCUUUUUGAAGUGGGCUUCAUUGUGGGCCAGUAUUUCCUGUAUGGCUUUGAGCUGAAGCCUCUCUACCGCUGCAGCCGCUGGCCCUGCCCCAACAUCGUGGACUGCUUCAUUUCUCGGCCCACUGAGAAGACCAUCUUCAUCAUCUUUAUGCUGGUGGUGGCCUGUGUCUCACUGCUGCUCAACAUGCUUGAGAUCUACCACCUGGGAUGGAAGAAGCUCAAGCAGGGCAUGACCAACUACUACACCCCUGACACCAUCACAGCUGUGGAACCAGUUAUAAUAGAAGGAGAUGCCAAGCCUGCAUCCAUGCCUCCACCACCACCAGUAGUGAUAACAGCUCAUGCUGCACCGCCUGUUCUGCCUGACACCCGAGCUGUCACCCCUCUGCUCACUCCAGCUGCUGUGCCACCUUACUAUGCUGAGUCCCCUGUUAAGACACGACCAUCUGUCUCACCUUCUGUGGCCAGCUAUCCUGUGGCUCCCCCAGUUGCUGAGGAGCAGCAGAAAACUGCCACCCCCACCCCAGCCUCCUCACCAAUCCCAACGCCAACCCCCAUCCCAACACCCACACUGGCUGUCAUCAAUUACUUGAAUGCCAGCAGCCAAGCUUCAGCUGCUGAGCAGAACUGGGCCAACAUGGUAGUUGAGGAGCAGAAGAAGCCACCGCCUUCCAGCUCAGCAGCUUCCUCUACCCCCAGCAGUGUCCGACAACAGCUUCCAGAGCCAGAGGAGCCAGCUGAGCAGCCACCACUACCACCACCUCCAGAGUUACCUGUGGCAGCAGCCAACAGUGUGGGCAGCAGCACCAGCCUGAGCGGGGGAAGUGGAAGCAAGUGGGAUAUAGAAGGGGAAGAGGAGCCUUUGGAGGAAAGGCCUGUUUCACCUGCCUCUCCUGCAUCACCUGCCUCACCUGUCUUGCCUGCAUCACCCAUGUCACCUGCCUGUACCACAGUGGAGAUGCCUGAUCCAGCGCCGCUCAUAGACACACGGCGCUUAAGCAGGGCUAGUAAGUCCAGCAGCAGCAGAGCCAGGUCAGAUGACUUGGCUGUGUAGCAUGGUUUCCAGUGCUGGAAGAAGCAGAUGAUAAAAGCAAAGUGUAAUGGGGAACCACAUGGUGUGGGAGGGAGACCAGACCCCAGGCCAGGGGAUGAGGGAGGCUGGGGUUCCAAACUUUGAAGCUUGCUGUUCUUGCACUCUGUGAGUUGUAGUGGGGAUAAAUAUUGACAUUUUCUAGUAGGUCAGGGGUGGCUGAAGCACAGCCCGUGGGCCAAGGGACCAAACCCGCACUCACUGAUGUCAGUGACAGAACUCUCAGUGCCAUCCAGAUGGGAGGCCUGCACAGAUGACAGGUGUCAGUGGCAGCUGGGCAUGUACCCUCAUGUUGAUGCUCUCCCAAGAGAAACAUUAGCACAUUUUGUGCUCCUGUGCCUGUCAUCUUUCAUCUUACCCUUGCCUUCACUUCCACUUUCCCCUGUGUGAACUCUGAGGUCCUGCUUUCUUUCCUUUCUCUUAAACCACACUUCCCUGACUAUGAGAAUGACACAUGGCCUGGCGGCACCUGUCAUCUCUGUGGACCAACCUGACAGAGCAGGGUGAUUGCAGUCUCUUCCAUUUAAUAUGAAUUAGGGCAGACUUUAUGUUCAUGGCAAAUUGCCAAUGCAGCCCUUUGGUUAGACAAAGUUUGGAUAACCCCAUAAUAGAUUUUAUUAUUCCUGAGCUUCAUCUUUCUGUUUUUUCCCCCAACUCUUGACCUGUAAGGAAGUGUCUAGUUUAACUUUUUAUCUAGUAUUUGCCAAUGACGACCACACAAUGUUUUUAAGCACAUGGAUUCUUUUGAAUAUCUUUAGUUAUAUUUUUCAUUUGACAUCUGAAAUUGCUUAAAGGAGGAGAGAAAGUAAACCACACACCUCAGAAAGUAUAACACACAACAAUUUUACUUCAGAAAAUAAGAAUUAUGGUUUCAUCACAUUUUGGCCCUGUAUGUUGUAGCCUAACAAUAGGCUAGUAUAGAAUUCACUGUUUUAGACUGACACAUAGUUAGCUUAAGCCAGCUGGAAGGAAUGCUUAGUAGAAGUAAAAUUUGAGUGCACAUCUUAGAGUAUCUGAACAUUUCUAGAAUAAUUUUAAUCUGUUUGUUAAAAAUUACUUGACAGUGUAUUUAUACAUUUUAGUUUGAUCCUUGAUCUCAUAGGAGAAAGUAAUGGGAAACAAUUUUAGUCACAUUAAACAUAUGUAGCAACAUUCUUUCCUGCUAUGUGCUGGUAAGUGGCCCUUUCCUACAGUAAAUUGUAACAGUCUUACAAGUCGGUACUCACAAACAUAGAAUACAGCCUGUUAUGGGAAAAAUGACUAAAGUAACAUGGUGAUCUUCUAUGGUUUAGGGUCCUAUUCUGAUCCCACUAAAGGAAAUUGCAGCAUGGGCACGUCUACAUGAGACGCUAAAAGCUCAGUAAACUAAUUCUACUAUGCAUUAGCACAUCACGGUGAAAGCUGU